AUGUUUUAAGAAAUCUCCAAUUCUCAUCCACAUCUCUCUCUCUCUCCUCUCUCUCUCUCUCCUCUCUCAUAUAUACAAAAGCUCUAUCUAUAUAGGGUUUACUAUUAGAUUCUCUCAUAGAAUUUCAUGGUGAUGAUUUUGUUGUUGGGAUAAUAAUGGCAACAAUACAAGAUUUAUAUAGAAGUAGUCUUCAAGAACAGUAAUUCUAGCUCUCUAUAUACUUGGAGAGUCAACUACUAAAAAAAAUUGAAGUUAAGAUUUUAAUUAGGGUUUCUAUACUUCUUGCACCACUCAUAAUGGAAUGAUAUAUAUUAUAUCUCAUACAUAGUAUUUGUAUGAUGAGAUUUUAAACAAUUAAAAUGAUAAAGGGUUUGAUGAUGGUAGAUGAUAACAUAUCCAAUUUGACUUUUGCAUCAUCUAGUGAAAUAGUAAGUGCUUCUUCUUCAAGUACUACUACAAGAAAUGAUCAAUCUUUAUUAGGCACCACCACCACCAUUACCAUGUACCCUCAAAACUCUUCAAUAUCAACAAAUCAUCAAGAGUUACCACUUCCGUCGCCGCCUCCUCCUCCAAACAAGAAAAAACGAAAUCAUCCAGGAAAUCCAGAUCCAGAAGCAGAAGUUGUAGCUUUAUCUCCGAAAACCCUACUAGCAACCAAUAGAUUUGUAUGCGAGAUAUGUAAGAAAGGGUUUCAAAGAGACCAAAAUCUUCAACUCCAUAGAAGAGGACAUAAUCUACCAUGGAAGCUAAAACAAAGAUCAAACAAAGAUGUGAUAAAGAAGAAAGUUUAUGUUUGUCCAGAAAUUUCAUGUGUUCAUCAUGACCCAUCUAGGGCACUUGGAGAUCUCACUGGUAUUAAGAAGCAUUUCUUUAGAAAACAUGGUGAGAAGAAAUGGAAAUGUGAGAAAUGUUCUAAACGUUAUGCUGUUCAGUCAGAUUGGAAAGCUCAUUCCAAGAUUUGUGGUACUAAAGAGUAUAGAUGUGAUUGUGGAACCCUAUUCUCUAGAAGGGACAGUUUCAUAACCCAUAGAGCUUUUUGUGAUGCUUUAGCUCAAGAAAGUACUACUACCAAUCCACCACCACUACCACUAGUCAACCACCACUUCCGCCACCAUAACCAAGGCGGCCCCGCCAUCAAAAGAGAAUUCCAAGACAUCAUGGCCAUACCGUCGUGGUUGACCCCUCCUCUUCCUCUGCCGCCACAACAACCCUUAAUGUUCUCUUCUUCUAAUAAUAAUAAUACCGCUUCACUACUACUCAACAUGCAACUACCGCCGCCACAGCCUCAACCGUUACCACCAUCAUCAUCGGCUACUGCUUUACUACAAAAGGCUGCUCAGAUGGGGUCCACCAUAAGCAGCAGUAGUAAUACUGCUCAUCUUCAUGAUUACGAUCAUAAUCAUGAUGAUGAGCAGUUUAUUAAUUUUGUUGGGAAUGAUUAUGAUGACAUGAUGAUGAUGAGUUCUUUCUCUCCGCCGCCACAACAACUUCCACCGCCACCGUCUGGUAGUAGUGGUGGUGGUAAUAAUAAUGAUGGGUUGACUAGAGACUUUUUGGGGUUGAGAAAAUUCUCCCAUAGAGAUAUUUUCAACAUAGUUGGACUUGAUCAUCAUCAUCUUCAUAAUAAUAAUCAUCAGAAAAAUAAUCAACCUUGGCAAGGUUAAUUAAUUAAUUAAUUAAUAGUGUAUAUUAUGUUUAGUGUGAUCGAUGAUACUAUGGUUAAUUAAUUCCUUAAUUAUAUAUUAUUCAUUUUUAGAGAUAUUAUUAA